AUGGAUUAUAAAAAUUUUUUAAAAAUGGUUGAAGAAAUGGACUAUUUGCACAAUGUAAAAUAUAUGGAAACAAAAGAUCUAAAUGAUUUUAAUGUAAAAUCUGCAUAUUAUAUAUGCAAAGAAAUUCAUGAAAAACAAUUAAGUAAUGAAAAUGGUUAUGUAGUCAUAGGAUUAUCAGGAGGAAAAACACCUAUAGAUGUAUAUAAAAACAUAUCAUUAAUUAAAGAUAUUAAGAUAGAUAGAACUAAAUUAAUUUUUUUUAUGAUUGAUGAAAGAUAUAAAAGUGAUGAUCACAAAUUAAGCAACUAUAAUAAUAUAAAAUUUUUAUUCGAUGACUUAAAUAUAAAUAAAAAAGAACAACUAUUUAAACCAGAUACAACAAAAAAUAUAGUUGAUUGCGUACUAGAUUACAAUGAGAAAAUAAAAUUAAUGAUGAAAAAAUAUAAAAAAGUAGACAUUGCAAUAUUAGGAAUGGGAAAUGAUUUUCAUAUUGCUAGUUUAUUCCCAAACAUAUUUUAUAAUAUAUAUAUGAAUAAUUAUCAGAAUAGUUAUAUAUAUAAGGAAAAAUUUUUAAAAUUAUUAAAUAAUGAUAACGAUAAUGACAAUUUAAAGUUAUUAAAUGAAUAUGUUUAUUUUACUACAACAAAUAAUUUUGAUGUUAGGAAAAGAAUUACAGUAUCAUUAGAACUAUUAGCGAAUGCAUCAAGCAAAAUUUUUUUAUUAAAUUCAAAAGAAAAAUUAGAUUUAUGGAAAAAGAUGCUUUUAAAAUCUUAUAUAGAAGUUAAUUAUAAUUUGUAUCCAGCUGUUUAUUUAAUUGAUACUGGUAAUACUACUGUAAUAUCAUGUGGUUAUGAAAAUUAUACAAAAACAAUUGAAGAAAUAUAUAAUUCAAAUAAUUCUUUAUCUAUGCAGGUAAGUAAUUUGAAUAAAAAAGAAUUAUUAACAAUAAUACUAUUCGGAUGUUCAGGUGAUUUAGCAAAAAAAAAAAUAUAUCCAGCAUUAUUUAAAUUAUACUGUAAUAAUUUAUUACCAAAAGAUGUAUUAAUCAUUGGUUUUGCAAGAACAGUUCAAGAUUUUGAAACAUUUUUUGAUAAAAUAGUUAUAAACCUAAAAAAGUGUUUACAUUGCUAUGAAGAUUUUUCUAUUUGUAAAAAAAAAAAUCUUCUAAAUUCCUUUAAAAAUAGGUGUAGGUAUUAUAUUGGAAAUUAUUCAUGUUCAGAAGAUUUUGAAAAUUUUAAUAAAUAUUUGAACAAAGAAGAACAGGAAGCUAUAUUAAAUAAUAAUAACUAUUAUUAUAAAUCAGAAUGUUGUGAUCAUAAAAGAGAGGAUGAUAAUGUUGAAAAAGAAAAUAUAAGUGAAAAUAAAAGAAAUGAGCAAAUAACGAAUAAAUCAGUAGAUUUAUCAGAAGAGAAAAAUAUAGCAUUAAAUUAUUCUUAUGUUAUAAAUAGAAUGUUGUAUUUAGCAUUACCACCUCAUAUUUUUGUUAGUACAUUAAAAAACUAUAAGAAGCAUUGUUUAAAUAAUAACGGUACAGACAAAAUAUUAUUAGAAAAACCUUUUGGAAAUGAUUUAGAAUCUUUUAAAAUUUUAUCAAAACAAAUAUUAGAAAACUUCAAUGAACAAUACAUAUAUAGAAUUGAUCAUUAUUUAGGAAAGGAUAUGGUUUCAGGGUUAUUAAAAUUAAAAUUUACUAAUACUUUUUUAUUAUCUUUAAUGAAUAGACAUUUUAUUAAAUGCAUAAAAAUUACAUUAAAGGAAACGAAGGGAAUAUAUGGAAGAGGUCAGUAUUUUGAUCCAUAUGGAAUUAUAAGAGAUGUAAUGCAAAAUCAUAUGUUACAAUUAUUAACAUUAAUAACUAUGGAAGACCCAAUUCAUUUAAAUGAUGAAUCAGUUAAAAAUGAAAAAAUUAAAAUAUUAAAAUGUAUUCCUUCUAUAAAAUUAGAAGAUACAAUUAUUGGACAAUACGUAAAAUCAGAUAAUUAUAAAGAAACAGAUGGAAAUGAUGAAAACAUCGAUGAAUCAAAAAGAAAUCACAGUUAUCAUGAUGAUCCACAUAUAAAACCGGAUUCUAUUACUCCUACAUUUUGCACUUGUAUUUUAUAUAUUAAUUCUAUUAAUUGGUAUGGAGUUCCUAUAAUACUUAAAGCUGGAAAAGGAUUAAAUAAAGAUAUUUGUGAAAUAAGAAUUCAAUUUCAUAAUAUUAUGGGAUCCUCUGAUGAAAAUAUGUACAAUAAUGAAUUUGUAAUUAUUUUGCAACCUGUAGAAGCAAUAUAUUUAAAAAUGAUGAUAAAAAAAACAGGAUGUGAUGAAAUGGAAGAGGUUCAAUUAAAUUUAACAGUUAAUGAUAAAAAUAAAAAAAUUAAUGUUCCAGAAGCAUAUGAAACGUUACUAUUAGAGUGUUUUAAAGGUUAUAAAAAAAAAUUUAUUUCAGAUGAAGAAUUAUACGAAUCUUGGAGGAUAUUUACUCCCUUAUUAAAUGAACUACAGGAAAAACAAAUAAAACCUUUAAAAUAUCCAUUUGGAUCUUCAGGGCCGAAAGAAGUUUUUGGUCUUGUAAAGAAAUACUAUAACUAUGGUAAAAACUAUACACAAACACCUGAAUUUGUUAGAAAAUCUUCCUUUUAUGAUGAUAAUUUGUUAGAUAUAAUUUAA